AGAGAGAGAGAAGGAGAAAGACAACCGUAAUUGUGGGGCCAUCUUGCAGAAAGCAGGAAGUGCCUGUAAUUAUGGUCAAAAACUUUUUUUUCUCUCUUUUCACUCCGAAUCCAAUCUCUCUCUCUCUGAGCCGCACUCUCAGUACACCUUUCUUUGUAUGCCGGGUAUACAGAGAGCUUCGAGUGAGCGGUGAAUAUCUCUUGCCAGGAGUUGAAAAUCAUUACAGGGUUCUGACUGACUGAGCUGCGUAUAAACCCGGCCUUUGAUUGAAGAAGCAGAAGCCCUCGCGGUGGUGUCGUCUGCCUAUCUUCACCGGGGAUCAGCGAGCGGGGAAUCUCUCGGCACUGAAAGCCAGAAGUUGGCCGGUGAUAGCUGCGCUGGUUGGCAGUCCCUUUCCUCAUUCAUCAGUGAUAACUUUUAGAAGUUCAGCGUUGUCUUGGCUUUGCUGGCUGUUCUCCUCUUUAUCUUUCCUUUGGCUUUGAGAGACUUGUUGCAUUAAUUUUUCUCUAUUGGAGCAUCACUUAUUAUUACCAAUGAUCGUGGAUGAGUUUGGGAAAGUGAAGUGCUGGGUCGACGCCAGUGAACCAGGGACAGGAAACUGGAUGAAGUACGUGCGCAGCGCCCCCAAGCUGGAGAAUCAAAACAUGGUGCCAGUACAGGUGGAUGGCAAGGUCUUCUACAAGGCCAUUCAUAACAUAGGCACAGGUGAGGAGUUACUCGUCCUUAAAGAUGCAGCCUUUCCUGACCAAGAAGGAAACCCAAUACAAAUCAUAGAAGAGAAGCAGUAUGAAUGUGAAGAGUGUCAAAACACUUUCAGGUCAAAGGUCGCGCUGAGGAGACACCAGAAGUACGCUUGUAACAACGCCAACGCCAUUUUCUCCACUCUCAAUCAGGAGUUCAAAGCCAAUGCAGCAAUGGAGACUACCUUGCCAGUGACUGACGAGAGUCGUGCAAAUUCCAUGUCAGAGUGUUCAGACGAAAAACAGGAAGAGGUUGAAAGCAGACCCAACGAAGAGUUUUCUUGCAACGAAUGUGGUCGCACCUUUCACUGGAAAUCAGAUCUUAUCAAGCAUCAGGCGACCCAUUUCGGCGACAGGAUGUACCCUUGCGAGAACUGUGGAAAGUGUUUCUCCGAUCCCAGCAACCUACACCGCCACAUCCGCUCGCAGCACGAGGGUGCCAGAAGCCAUCCGUGCCCAGAGUGUGGCAAGACUUUUGCGACAUCCAGUGGCUUGAAGCAACACACGCACAUCCAUAGCAGCAUCAAGCCGUUCACCUGCGAGGUAUGCUUGAAGUCCUACACGCAGUUUUCCAACCUCUGCCGACACAAACGCAUGCACGCCAACUGCCGCACCCAACUCAAGUGUGCCACGUGUGGCCAGACGUUCUCGACGGUAACCUCGUUGAACAAGCACCGCCGUUUUUGCCACAAUGCUCAGGUUUUCAACAGCCAGUUGAACACCUCGAUCAACAGCCCUCACAACAAUCCGAGCUCGGGUGUCCUCUUGCGCGGUAACGCCCCUCUCCUUGGGAUGCCACCCUCUAGCGCCCUCUAUCAGGCUGGUCUUGCACAGAUGUGGAAUGCGAAUCUGCAACUCUCCCAACAGGCCCUGAUGCAGAACAACCUACUUUCUGGUUCCGGCAAUAGCAACGGUGUUAUCAGGGGACCAUAUCCUCUAACUUACCCAUCUCUUGCAGCCCACCCUUCACUCUUGACAGGAAACCUGACACCUUCGGCCCUUGCAUCAGCCUCAGAGAGUACCAACAAGAAUGCCAAAGGGAUGUCAACAGAGGAAUGGCUGCAACACUACACGUUGGGCGCAGGAAGGGGCAGAGAGGGUAAGGACCAGACUAGGAAGAUCAAGACGGAGAGAGAAGAUAGUGAAGAGAGUGAAGCCUCGGUCAGCACUCCAUGUGGAAGUGAGUUGGACUGCAGCUCCUACAGUGAUGUUGAGAGUGAAGCAGAUAUGGAAGUCACAAAGGCCAGAAGAGUGGCUGACUUUGUCAAGAAAGAAAUACCAGAGGACGAAUGUAUGAAUGAAAGUGGAAAGAUAUCACCUGCAGCAAUCGAAUCAUCCUUACAGAGGAAUGGUAGCAGUGAACCCAUCAAAGCCAUUGCAUCCAUAGCAGAUAGAUUCUUCAGUGCAAAUUCGGCCGGUGUAGGUUAUGGUCUCCUUAAGAUGAAUCCCAUAUCAAGGUUAGGCAGCAAUCACUCCCCUCCAGCGUUCAAGAAGAUAGACAGUCCAGUCAAGAAACUAGAGCAAACCUUUGACCCAACCAAGAAUCUACUGAAACCCCACAAGCCUGAAGAAAGGAAAGUAGAUGAGCAACCAUUGGACCUGAGUGUCCCAAGACCAAAGACCAAAUCCGCUGAUCUUCCAGACAAAGAAGAAAGUCACUUGAGGAGACCACAUAUUUUUGGUAUCCCUUCUUCGCUCAUUAGCAAAACAGCAGACAUCCCUGUCAGUGUGGCCUUCUCUUAUCCAGGAUCACUUCCUUUGACCAUGGACCCAAUCUACAGGGUUCAGAACGGCCAUGGACCCCCUCCAGAUAAGUACCAACGGAUGGAGAAUGGAGAGAAAGUUCCUGCUGUCCCUAUUCCACUACCUCAUUUCCCUCCAAUGCCGAAAAUUGAUUUUUAUGCUGCAAAUAAGAAUCUAAUGAAGUUCAGGGGUCUCCCAUCUCACCAAGCCUAUGCUUUGAACAGCACCAUGAUGUAUUCAGGGUCCAGUCCAUCGGACAAGAUGGUCAUUCGCAGCAAGGAUCGCUACACCUGCAAGUACUGCGGCAAGCUUUUCCCUCGAUCGGCCAACCUCACUCGGCAUCUGCGCACUCACACGGGAGAGCAGCCCUACUCUUGCAAAUACUGUGACCGAUCCUUCAGCAUCUCCUCCAAUCUUCAACGCCACGUCCGCAACAUCCACAACAAGGAGAAACCCUUCAAGUGUCCUCUCUGUGAUCGUUGCUUUGGCCAGCAGACCAACCUUGACCGCCACCUCAAGAAACACGAGAGCGAAGAUUUCUCGGGAGAUUCUCAGACGCCAGAGAAGAUAAACGGUGAAGAUAGACCACUCCCCUUGAAGAAAAGUGGUGAUUGGUCCGAUGAGCUCAGCGAGAAAGACGAGGCCUACUUCACUGAAAUAAAAAACUUCAUUGGAGUAGCGGAGAUGAAAGCUCGACGGGAUCUCAUGCUGAGAGAACAAGAGGAGAAGAUGGCAAUUGACAGGAGCAAAGACAACAUUGCAAAAGAGGAGGGUGGCCAUCUAGAAAGGGAGUGUGAUGAGGGUGAACCAGAAGAGGAGAAGCAGCGACGAGAGAUGAAGCUCAAGUUGAAGCUUCCAUUCCAAGAAUCUGCUGACCAUUCCAAAGUAAUGAUGGAAACAGACCUUUACCGUGACGACGAGGACGACAGUAUCCCUCGUACUCCGGACUCCGAGCAAGACAUGCAGUCAGAAGAUGCCAUGUCUGUGUCAGAGUACCAAGACGAUGAUGACAAAGAUGAUGAUGCGUCUUCGACAGCCCGGCCGGAUAGCUUGGGAGGAGAUGACGAGACUGGAGACCUUGAUAGGUCGCAGAUAAAUGGACGACACUCAAAACUCCAGGCGUAUUCUCUUAUGAUGGCUCUGUCAGAAGAGGAGCGUAAGAAGAACAUUCUAUCCAAGGGACAACCACUACUCUGCCCUCCCCAACAUACAGCUGCCGUUAUUUAAAAUCAUCUCUGAUGUUGCUCCUCUUAAUAAUAAAACCUAAUUCCUUUCCAUAAAAUUUUGAUAUUCUUUGUUUGCUUGAAAAGCACCUAUUCCCAAAAUUCAAAAAAUAUUUAUAUAAGAAAAAAUAACUGAACUUGUGUAAUAGAUAUUUAAGUUAAUGACUAUCCUGUACAAAGACAGGUGACUCUUCUACAUUUCUGAACUCAACCAGAUGAUAAAAUCUGGCAGGUUAUUCAUGAAGCUUUUCUUGAGUUACGAAUAACUACAGAUGGCUGGUGAUCCUUUCUUUGCGGUACACAAUAUGCCCCUAUGUAGCUGACUCAGCACCUAAGAACAUGCUCCAGCCUUGCUCAACUUCAGGAACAGGUUUGUGAAACCGCCACCAGGCUCAUUGAUGUUGGGCUCUGAUAUGUCAUUAGUGUAUGACGUUAUUAGCAAUUCUGUCGCAGUACGGCAGUAUUACUGAGCCAGUUUACAUUAGGUUUACCCGGUUUAUUAUGUUUACCAGGACAGGAUACCUUGUGUGCACUACUUCCAGUUAUAAAAGUAUCAGAUAAAUAUAACAAGUUUAACAAGUGAAUUCAUGUUGUUUAAAAGGAUGAAUGAAAUUUAGAUAUUACAAUUAUCUGCUUUCAGUGUUGAUUCUCAACUCAAUGAUUUUUUUAAAAUGAAAUUGCAUAUAACUGAUUGAUUGUAUUCAAUAAAUGUCAUCAAAUAGCAUGUUGAUCACCAUAACCCAUUGUGGUACCUCUACUAAAUAAUUGCUGUCUUUUAUUGAAAUAUCAUUGGCUGAAUAAUAAAACUGAAAUGGGGGUGUUUUUGCAAACAGUUUUUUAAGUGAAAUAAUGCUUUAGGCUGAUUAAUUCCCAUAUUUUAGAUUAUAGUAAAUCUAUAACAGGUUAUAUCUAGACGAAGCUGAUUGGACUCACGUAAGGAGAUUUUGGUGUGGAUACGGAACAUUUAACGUCACUUACCUUUUUUUUUUAGUUCAAAUAUUAACCACGUCCUUUGCAUGAGACAUAAUGAUCGUGCUCAUUUUUAAUCCGAGAGAUGGUAUUCAAUAUAGUUUUCAUUUUUACAAUGAAAGUGUUCGUUUUUUGCCAAUGCAGGUCACAAUAUAUUUAUAUUAAUUAAUAUAAAUUCACAAAGGCUAUAAUAAGCCUCAUAUAGUGUUUGACAAUCAGAUUUGUGUAUUCAAAGUAAUGAAGAGAUUUUGUAUCCAAAAGUGCACUCUCCGACAUUUUGUUCUUUGUGGUGAAUGUAGCAUCUACUAUAUUUAUGGAAAAUUGUAAAUAGGAAUCUAAUGACAGAUUUUGCCAUGUUCAUUGUUUCUACUGUAUAUAUUUACUAUUUAUUAGGAAGGAGAAUGAUUAGCAUUUGCAAAUGGAUGAUUCUUUGUGUUUGUAUGUUUAAGGGAAAUGUCGCUGUAUUGCCAAUUUGACCAUCUCUACUGAUACUGAUCGUGCCAAAUGAAUCAAAAUGAAAUACGACUAACCCCCUUCUAAAGUUCUAAUGUAAGGUGACAUAUUCCAAUGAAUUAUGAAAGAAAGUCUAUUUGAGGGAAACAUAUUAUAGGGAGAAUAUAUUGUAGUUCACUUAUAGCUGAAAUGUAUUCAAAAGUGCUCUUUGAGACAUAUAAAAUGAAAAGUGCCUUUCCAGAUGUUGCUUUCUUGUCGAAUUAGGGAAAAUGAUUUUUACGAAUCUAGGAAUACUGGACUGCCCAUGAAUAUUUCUUCAAAGUAUUCAGAUAUAACAAAAUUUAAUGCAACUUAUCAGGUUGUAUUGAAAAAAAAAUGCAGAUUGACAAUCUGAUCUUCUCUAGCUGAAAAAAAAGUGUUCACUAUUUGAUAUAAAUUAUUGAUUUCAUUUUUUUUUGUGUUAAAUGAAAAGGCUUUGUGAUGCUUAAUUAUUUAAAAUUGUACAGGAAUACAAUGAAUGUAUUUUCAAACAUUUCCUGUAGUUAACGAGCAGAAUUAAAAGAAUUCAUUUUUAUUUCCCCUAGGAGGAGUUUAAGAGCUGUUAUGUUAGGAGGUAAGUUUGAAAUGAAAGAGCCAUAUUUCCCAAAGUGAUAUGAUUUCAUCAAGUGAAAAUGAGAUAGAGAGAGACUCUGUUUGUCUGUCGUUCUACUUGUCACUUCUGUGUGAAAACUCAAGAAAGCUAGAAAUCAGAAUUUUACUUGAUUGAAAAAAAAAUCAAAGCACUUUACAUAGAAUUCUUACAUUUAUUAAGUUUUAUUCAUUAUAAAGAUAAGUAAAUAAUCUAAGUAUGGAAAAGAAAUGGUUACAAAAUCUGCUUUUUAAUCAAAUAGCAUGAUAUUGCAUUUAGUAUCUAACACUUAUGAUAAUGAAUAUUAAUUACACAUAUGCCAAACAAAUUAUCUGAAGUUUCCCUUAUUCAUUAUUGUUAUGAAAGAAAGCCAUUGUAAAAGUAUUUUCUAAUGGAUGGUUCACUGGUCUUGCCUUCAUGUGUUGUGUUUUAUUUUUUAUUUAUUCAUACGACUUUUCCCUAUGAAAAUAACAGUAAAUAGGUCAAAGAAUUUUGACACUGUGGGCUGAUAUAGGUUGUGCUUACACGUAGUAUUUAAUAUGUGACAGAAUGCCGCUGUUUUGACGAAACAGAAGUUACUUAUAAUGG